AUGGUCAAAAAGGAUGCCGGUGGAUGGAGGAUGUGUGUCGACUUCACCGACCUUAACAAGGCAUGCCCCAAAGAUUGCUACCCUCUACCGAGGAUCGACGCCCUCGUCGACUCGGCAAUGGGACACGAGAUCCUCUGCUUCCUAGAUGCCUUCAAAGGCUAUCACCAAAUAGGAAUGAGUGAGGAAGACCAAGAAAAAACGGCAUUUUACACCGACCAAGGUGUCUACUGCUAUACCACCAUGCCAUUCGGGUUAAAAAACGCCGGGGCGACCUAUCAAAGGCUGAUCAACCGCCUUUUCAAAAAUCAGAUCGGCCGAAAUGUGGAGGCCUACGUGGACGAUAUUCUCGUCAAAAGCUUAACCACCUCGGCCUUCUUGUCGGAUGUGAAGGAGGUCUUCGGCGUCCUCCGCGACUCAAGGAUGAAGUUAAACCCCAAGAAGUGCGUCUUUGGUGUCACCUCAGGAAAGUUCCUGGGGUAUUUAGUUUCCCACCGGGGAAUCGAGGCCAACCCCGACAAGGUCAAGGCCAUUCAAGAUAUGUCCCCACCUCGGAACCUCCGAGAAGUCCAGAGGCUGAAUGGACGCCUGGCUGCACUGAACCGCUUCCUAUCCCAGUCCGCAGAAAAAGCUUUGCCCUUUUUUAAGGUGUUUAAGAAGGCCGAUCAGUUCACCUGGACUGAGGAGUGUCAGGCUGCCUUCGACAAGCUGAAGCUGUACCUGCACCACCUACCCACCCUCGCUUCACCUCGGCCCGAGGAGAAGCUGUACCUCUACCUCUCUGCAGCGGACGAAACUGUCAGCGCUGUGCUCAUCAGGGAUGAGGGCACUCAAGUGCCGGUCUACUAUAUACUGGUGCGGCCCGAGGCCUCCGGACGCCUCACUAAGUGGGCCGUUGAGUUGGGGGAAUACGACCUGUCGUAUGAGCCGCGCACCGCCAUAAAGGCUCAAGCCUUAGCCGACUUCUUGGCCGAGCUCACCUUCACGGAAGGUCGGGAGUCCACCUUCGCCCUAACCGAAGUGUCCACCCCACACCUGUGGAUGUUGUAUGUGGACGGGUCCUCUAAUGGGGAUGGGAGUGGAGCAGGACUGCUCCUGGAGGGCCCCCAAGGAGAAGUGUGCUCGUAUGCCCUCCGCUUUGACUUCCCGGCCACCAACAAUGAAGCCGAAUAUGAGGCCUUAAUCGCGGGACUCCAACUAGCCCGCAGGCUCGGUGCACAGCGGAUUCACGUCCGCAGCGACUCCCAACUCGUAGUAUGCCAAGUCCUUGGUGAGUAUGAGCCCAAGGAUGAAACCAUGCAACGGUAUCUAUCCAAAGUCCACCAACUCAUUGCGUAUUUUGAGUCUUUCGACAUCCAAAGAAUCCCCCGCUCCCAAAAUAGGCGCGCCGACGCUCUGUCCCGGCUGGCCUCCACAUCAUUCUCCGAUCUCAACAAAACUGUUUUAGUGGAAGUGUUGGACGAGCCGGGAUACAUGGAAGAGGUGGCCUGCCCCGUGCACUCGGAAGAUAUUUGGAUGAAUCCGUUCAUCCACUUCUUAGGGCAGGGAGUCCUCCCCGAGGACAGAGCCGAGGCGAGAAAGAUUCAACGCAAAUCUGCUCGGUACGCGCUCCGCGAUGGAGAGCUGUAUAAACGCCCAUACCUUGGCCCAUGGCUAAGGUGCAUUACCCCCGAGGUAGGACGCCAGGUCCUCCAUGAGAUACACGAAGGCCUGUGCGGGGCUCACGUCGGCCACAGGAUGUUAGCCAGGAAGACCUUACUUCUUGGGUAUUUCUGGCCUUCUCUUCGACAAGAUGCCCAAAAUCUUGUUCUCAGUUGCCCAUCCUGCCAAGUCCAAGCCCCUGAUCUUCACCAACCCUCGAACUUCAUGAUUCCAAUCACCUCACCCUGGUCGUUUGAGCAAUGGGGGACAGACAUCAUCGGUCCUUUCCCUAAAGCGGUCGGGGGCUAUACCUUCCUGGUAAUCAUCUCGGACAAUGGGAGACAGUUUGCCGAGAACCCAUUUAAGACUUGGUGCGAGAACCUUGGCAUCAAGCAACACUUCACUUCGGUAGGCCACCCUCAGGCCAAUGGUCAAGCAGAAAAUUUUAACCGAACUCUCUUGCAUGGCCUCAAGAUUCGACUACACCGAGCUGGGUCAUCUUGGGUGGAGGAACUCCCCAGUGUUCUGUGGUCAUAUCGGACCACGCCGAAGUCAUCCACGCAAGAGACUCCCUUCUCCUUGACCUAUGGAGCCGAGGCUGUCAUUCCUGCUGAGCUCCUCACACCCAGUCCUCGGCUGACAGCCUAUGUAGCCGAGGUGAAUGGAGAAGAGAGGCAGUUUGAUCUCGACCUCAUCGACGAGAAAAGAGACCUUGCCUCAGCUCGGAUAGCUUCCUACAAGAACACCCUGGCCCACUACUACAAUGCCCGCGUCAAGCAUCGGCGAUUCCUGCCAUGA